CCAUCUUUGGGGGAAGCUGCAGCUUCAGAACACGGACGAGGUCCGGCAUUUCUUCUGUGAUAUUCCACCUACGACCAUCCCCGAGUGAGUGAGAAUGUGGACGAACCUGAGACUCUUGUGGCCCCAAGUGAGGGAGACAUGGGGAGCCAAAGUGCGAGAGGCCCUGCCGACGAAUCUCUUCCAGGGCAGCACGGCCGGAGAAAGGCAGCAUUUUGCCCGAGCGGGAAACGUCCCUGGCACCCUGUACGAAGACACGGAAAUGGGCACUUUCCAGAGGAUGUCCUCCGAGGACAGCCCCAAAAUGAACGGCCGGCUUUCUAGUUUCGAAAUCAAUGAAGGCUGCUUCGAAGGUGAAGCUCCUCAGGAGAAAAUUUCGGCCUGGCAAGCCGGCUGGAACGUCACAAAUGCCAUUCAGGGGAUGGUCGUGGUGUCGCUGCCUCUGGCCGUACUGCACGGGGGGGUCUGGUCUCUGGUGGCCAUGAUCGGAGUGGCCCAACUCACUUGCUACACGGGAAAGAUACUCGUGGAUUGCCUCUACGAAGAGAAUGCGGAUGGAGUCCUCGUCCGUGUCCGAGAUAGCUACGUCGGGAUCGCACAAGUCGUUUUCGGUCCUCGUUGGGGGGGAAUCUUGGUCAACACGGCCCAAAUCAUCGAACUCAUCAUGACGUGCAUUCUCUACAUCAUCACCUGCGGGGAUUUCCUCUACGGCAGCUUUCCGGAGGCCCAAGUGGAUCGACGAAGUUGGAUGAUGCUCUGCGGUCUCCUCCUGCUUCCCUGCGGAUUCCUCAAGAGUCUGGGUCGGGUCUCCACUCUCAGCUUUUGGUGUACCAUGGCCCACAUAGUCAUCAACGUUGUCAUUCUGGGCUACUGCUUGACGAGGGCUGGAUCGUGGGAAUGGGGCCAACUCAAGUUCGGCAUGGAUAUCACCAAAUUUCCCAUCUCCUUGGGCAACAUCGUAUUCAGCUACACCUCUCAAAUCUUUCUGCCCACUUUAGAAGGAAACAUGAGGGACCCGAACGAGUUCUGGCCGAUGCUGAAGUGGAGCCACAUCGCAGCAGCUGUCUUCAAGUCCCUCUUCGGUCUCCUGGGAUUCCUGACAUGGGGCGAGGCCGUCAAGGAUGAGAUCACCAACAACUUGCCUACCCAGGGCUUCAAGGCCUUCGUCAACUUCAUCCUCGUCAUCAAGGCUCUUCUCUCCUUUGCCUUGCCCUACUUUGCUGCCGUGGAGCUGAUGCGAUCGGCCUUGUUCCGGGGUCGUCCCAGGACCAGGUUCCCAUCAUGCUACGACCCUGACGGGGUCGUGAGGGUGUGGGGCGUCGCCCUUCGGAUCGGGGUUGUCGUCAUCACCAUCCUCUUGGCGGCUUUCGUUCCUCAUUUCCUCGAUCUCACAGGGCUUAUCGGCAGCUUCACGGGGACCAUCCUCUCCAUUCUCUUGCCCUGCUGGUUCCACCUGAAGCUCAAGGGCCAUCUGCUCCCUUGGUACAUCAAAGUCUACGAGUGGUUUGUCAUCGCCCUGGGUCUCCUCUUCGGCUAUUUCGGGAUGUCGACCUCAUCCGUGGAUCUCUAUCGCGUCAUCACGGAGAGCAUCCCGUCGAUCCACAUCUGAAGCGUGGCUUCGUUCUUCCUCUAUCAGGGUCAGGGUUCGCUGGAUUUCGCCCCGUCAUUCCAAGAGAAGUGCCACAAGUCGUCGUCUUCCAUAGGAUUUUUCCUGUUUCCUCAGUGAUAUGCGCGUCUUCCAAGUGAACUCAAGUCUUCCAAGUGAACACAAGUCUUCCAAGUGAACACAAGUCUUCCAAGAGUACACAAGU